AUGAACGACUCACAUCCAGAGGUCGCUCUCUGCCUCGCCAAUCUCAGCUCAGGCCAGUCUUCUGAGAUCUAUCGGCGAACUCUGGUUUCGCUCUCUUCAGCAGCUCCGUGGAGGGAGCAGAUGAUGAGCUCUCUGUUCUACUCGCGCAAGCUUCACUCUCAAUCGCUGGUUUUUGGUGCAGAGCUAAUCAGAAGCCUGCAUGGGUACCAAGUCUCGGAAGAGGAGGAGGAGUGGGUGGAGAGGGAGUUCCUUUUCUCCCCUUCCUCCUGCAUCGAAAUGCGUGAUCCCAUCCCUGGGCCCAUCAUGGUGGCGUCGACGGCAGGUGAUGGUGGCAAUGGAUUCCGGUACAGGUUCAAGGAGGGGCAGAGUGUGGGGCUCUGGCGCUGUAUACUUGCAUUUGACUCUACCGUGGCCUUCUCCGCUUCUUCUUCUCCGAUUCCUCCACUCCUCUGUCUUUCCAGAAAUCCCAGGUUGAAGAAUAUACCUACUUUGUUAGGUGAUCUCCAGGAGGCAUUCCAGUUGAGGUGUGAAAUGGAAACUAAAAAUACCAUCAGUUUGGCUUCAAAGGGGAUUCAGGUACGUGAAGGAAAAGAGCCCCAUGAUACAGCAGAAUAUGCAGAUACUGGUUAUGAAGAUGGGUCCUCAGAUUCAUGUUCCACUAUCAGACAUGUAAAGUUGAGGAAUCAGAAAAAUCACAGAACCUUACAAGAACUUGCAAUCUCCAUGAAGAAGAAGAAGAGGGCUGCAACAGAGCAUGUAGCUAAUAUUGCUUUAACCGACCUUGUUAAAUACUUCGAUCUUCCAAUUACUGAAGCUUCCAAAUAUCUGAGGGUUGGACUUACUGUUCUGAAGAGAAAAUGUAGAGAAUUUGGCAUUCCUCGUUGGCCACAUCGGAAAAUCAAGUCUCUCGACAAUCUGAUACAAAAUCUCCAGGAGGAGGUUCAUCGACAGGAGAAGGAGAACAAAUCAGCUGCCAUGAAAGCAGUCAUUAAGAGGCAAAGAAUGCUGGAAGGUGAAAAGGAGUGCAUAGAGAAGAAUCCUUUCAUGGAGUUGCAGAUAGAAACCAAGAGGUUCAGGCAAGAUGUCUUCAAGAGAAGACACAGGGCAAAAGCUCUUGUUAGCAAGCAAGAUUUUAGCACAUCUCCAAUGAAGGCAUGCACUUGAUCCUGGAUUUCUUCUCUCAUCCUCAGGGUAUGGUUCUCAAAGGAUGCAGUAUCCUCACUUUUUGGUUGUGUUAUUAAUGGCAACAUAGAACAGUGAUGAUGAUUUAUUUGUUGUAGUAUCAUGUCACUGCAUAUGGUUAUGCUGAUGGUUAGUAACAUUUGUGCAA